AUGAAUUGCGAUCAUUAUGCAGUUUUAGGUUUACCCCCCGGCGAAGUUGGAGCCAAACUUUCCGAUAAAGAGAUAGCUAAAGCCUACCGUAUAAAAGCUUUGGAGUUACAUCCUGACAAAAGACCUAAUGAUCCUAAUGCACAAACCUGCUUUCAGAAACUGAAGGCCUCCUACGAGAUUCUCAAGGAUGAGAAGGCCAGGAAACAGUUCGACGAUCUGCUCCGUCGGACGACGAAACGCAAGUCUACCAAUGAUGCGAAGCGUGAGAAGAUGAUGUCAGAUCUCGAAAGAGCGGAGAUGAUGUCAGAUCAUGAAAAAACGGGAAAAGAAGAAGAAGAAGAACGUAUCUGGAAGAAACUGCGGGAGGAAAUUGCAGAAAUUCGUGCGAAGCAUAAGAGAAAACAGGAAGAGGAAUUAGCUUCCAUGUAUGCUAAAAGAAGACGCGCCGCCGCUACUCCGCCUAUGCCGCCGCGUUGGAAGGAAGAGAACGAAGAUGGACCGUGGAAGAGUCUUGAAAGGUUUCAGGCGUACGAAGAUUUAGUGUUACGGAAUAUGAGAAGGGCUGCUGAGAGGCAAAAAAUGAGUACUAAUGGAAAUGGAAAUUGA